GAUGGGACAGCGUCCUCAACUCUGGGCUAGGGAACAACACUGUUAAGCACAACCAGAAACAGACAGUCGAACACAAAACAACAACCAAACUUAGUCUCCAUGACAGCAGACUGGCUGAGACCAGGGCGAGGUGUAGAUUUGGUAUGUGGCGAGAGAGAACAGACACAGACUCGGCUAGCGAUGCUCCGUCCUGCUCCUAUAGUUGUGAUUCAGAGAGACUGAUGGCACCUCAGGUUAACCCCCUAACAGAUGCUGUCUUCAGCCUGCCUUCUAUAGGAUCUAUCAACUGGAACAUGGACCCUGCAACAACACAGAUGCUCCCUGGCCUUCAUCCUCCUCACACUCUCAUAAUGUUAAACCAAACCUCAGACAAUGCCAGUUCCUCAACACUAAAUGGCUACACAAGCCCAAUGACAAAUGACAGUAGUAGUAACGCUAUGAGCAGAUCCAGUAGUAAAGAGAAGCGCUUCCCAUGUUCAUUCUGUGGGAAAGCCUUCAGUUUCCCCAAACAGGUGGAGAUCCACCAGAGGAUGCACACAGGGGAGAAACCUUUUGGCUGCCACCUUUGCCGGGCUAGUUUCUCCCAUUCGUCCAACCUGAAGAGGCACCAGAGAGUCCACACAGGGGAGAAACCCUACAGUUGUCCCCAGUGUGAGAAGAGGUUCUCACGCCAGCACGAUCUCAAGAUGCACCUGAAGGUCCACACUUGAGAGAGUCCGUUCAACUGCACGCACUGCGGAAAAAGGUUCUCAGAGAGGAGCAACCUCAGGAUACACCAGCAGAAAAUGCACAUGACCCAUGAAUAGUGUAUACCCACUGGGUACACCACGUCAUUUUAUCUAUUUUCACCUACUCAAAAUGACAGCUAAUAGGUUGUUGAAUUCCCAAUGUGUUAUCACAGAUUUCAACCAUCAAAAAUUGAAACCAAAUUCCAAUGGAAAAAUCUGUCAGAUUUUUUUGGUUUUAGUUGUCACUUUUUGUGUUAUCACAGAGCUUUCAACCAUAGGAAUACAAUGUCAGAUAUUGUUAUUUAUAUACAACUUAAUGUGUUAUGACUGUGAUUGAUCUAAUAGCACUACCAAAUUACCACUAUUUUUGGACAACUUAAGAUGUUGUACACCGCAUUCAGCCAAGUGUGUAACAUCCUAAGGUGUCUGAUAAGUGGUGGAAAAUGUUGUAUUAUUGAGUCAGUACACAUACCCCCCCCCC